AUGCCUCCCAAGAAGCAGGAUCCGAAGGCCGCCGCCGGCAAGAAGAAGGCUGUCGAAGACAAGACCUUCGGCAUGAAGAACAAGAAGGGCUCUGCCGCCCAGAAACAGAUUGCCGCCCUGCAGGCCUCAAUGAAGAAUGGCGGAAACGCUGAGCAGAAGCGCAAGGAAGCCGAGAAGGCCGCCCGUGAGCGCGAGAAGAAGGCGGCUGAGGAUGCCAAGAGGGAGGCCGAUCUGCUUCUCAACAAGCCCGCCCAGAUCCAAAAGGUUCCCUUUGGUGUCGACCCCAAGACCGUUGUCUGCAUUUUCUUCAAGAAGGGCAACUGCGAAAAGGGCAAGAAGUGCAAGUUUUCCCACGACCUGGAGCAAGAGCGCAAGGUUGAAAAGAGGAAUCUGUACCAGGAUACACGAGCAGAGGAGGACGACAAGAAGAAGCAAGAGACCUCGGCGGACUGGGACGAAGAAAAGCUGCGCUCCGUCGUCUUGUCUAAGAAGGGCAACCAGCGCACCACCACCGACAAGGUGUGCAAGUUCUUUAUCGAAGCGAUCGAGGAGGGCAAGUACGGUUGGUUCUGGAUUUGCCCGAAUGGAGGAGACAAGUGCAUGUAUAAGCAUGCUCUGCCGCCUGGGUUCGUUCUCAAGACCAAGGAGCAAAGGGCGGCUGAGAAGGCGCUGCUGGACAAGUCGCCUCUCAGGACCCUUACUCUCGAAGAGUUCCUUGAGUCCGAGAGGCACAAGCUCACCGGCACUCUCACCCCCGUAACACCCGAGAGUUUCGCCAAAUGGAAGAAGGAGCGUCUCGACAAGAAGGCUGCCGAGGAGGCCGCAAGGAAGGCGAAGGAAGCGACCGGUCGUGCCUUGUUCGAAAGUGGCAACUGGAGAAUGGAGGCCGAUAUCGAUUCCGACGACGAGGGGGACGACGACGCCUGGAACUUGGAGAGGCUGCGGAAGGAGACCGAGGCCCUCCAGAUCAAGAAGGAGGAGGAACGAUUGUCAGCCCUCCACGGUGUUCCUGUCACACUCGGCGAAGCGAAGGACGUCACCGGUCUCAGCGAGCCAACGCUUGGUACAUGA